UUACUCGUGGUCUCUUGCCAGCUCGCGCAGAGUCUGACGCGGGCUAACUACACUACUAGAUAUCAUGCGAGAGGCGAUACACGCCCUGCGUUGCAUCUUUGCAUGGUGCUCCGAGGUACGCAGAGCACGCGGAUCGGUCUGACCGUGCUUUGCAAGGGAGCAGUUUCAGAGAAAACCGCUGACAGGUCGUAUCCUUUCUGAGGCGAACAAACACCCGAGAAGUGAGAUUGAGAGUAACAGACACACAGACAGACAGACAAACCCAACUACAGUAACCC